UCAAAGAUGCCAGGGAUUGUUAUAACUGGAGUAAAUAAUGAAGGGGAAGUGAAUGAAAUGAGUGGGACUGGGAACACUUCCCCCUUUAUGGAAACCUUAACACCAAUCAAGUCCCCGAGGAGUUCCUCGAGUCCACAAAGACACCAAAAUGCUGAUCCAAAUCUUCCUGUUGAUGGGGUGGUUGACACUUCCUCCAUUGAGAGGCUUUCUGAAAAUGUGUGUGACAUGCAAAGUUCUGAUCAAUCAUCCUCAACGCGAAGUCUUGGAUCUGCUGGUUAUGAGUCUAAAAUCAAUUCAGAAUUGCACAAUCUGGUUGAAGAAAAGACUUUGGUGGUGGAGGUAGGGAAAAAGGAAGUGCAGAAGAAAACAAAAGGGAAUUCUAGCAGUAAAGCAUCUUCUAGAAUGGGUAGUUUGUCCAAUGAUAAGAAGUUGGAUAAGAUUCGGCCUGCAACUGCAAGUUCAGUUUUUUCAGAAACAUCAUCAAAGUCAAGACCAAAAGGAAAAAGUACUCCUCCAAAACCUCCUGUUGAUAGGAAGAAUGAUAAUCCUUUGAGAAAAGAAAAUUCAGGUAUUACCCGUGUGAAAAAAUCUGUUGGAAGAUCAGUGUCACAAAUUCGAGUUGAGAAUUCCACCGAAUCAGCAUUAUAUAAACCUGAACUUGGACCAGCUUUACUAAAGCAAGCAAGGGACAUGAUUUCAUCAGGAGAUAAUCCGCAGAAAGCUCUUGAAUUAGCUCUUCAAGCAGUGAAAUUGUUUGAAAAGACUGCUAAUGGGAAACCAAGUUUAGACAUAGUUAUGUGCUUCCAUGUUACUGCAGCAAUAUAUUGCACCUUGGGCCAUUUCAAUGAGGCAAUUCCAAUUAUAAAACGCUCAAUUGAGAUUCCUGUUAUUGAGGAAGGCCAACAACAUGCCAUUGCUAAAUUUGCUGGUCACAUGCAACUGGGAGACAUCUAUGCCGUGGUGGGCCAGCUUGAAAAUUCAAUUAAGUGCUACACUGCAGGGUUGGAAAUACAAAGGAAGGUUUUGGGAGAAACAGACCCAAGAGUUGGUGAAACUUGUCGGUAUGCGGCUGAAGCAAACUUUCAAGCAAUGCAAUUUGACGAGGCAGAGAGGCUGUGCCAAAUGGCUCUUGACAUUCAUAGAGCCAAUGGUUCACCCUCAUCUCUUGAAGAGGCAGCUGAUAGGAGGCUAAUGGGGCUUAUAUGUGAAGCAAAUGGAAAUCAUGAAGCAGCAUUGGAGCAUCUUGUUUUGGCAAGCAUUGCAAUGGUGGAAAACGGUGAGGGAGUGGAAGUUGCAUCCGUUGACUGCAGCAUUGGAGACACAUACUUAUCCUUGGCUAGAUAUGAUGAGGCCAUCUUUGCAUAUCAGAGAGCUUUAACAGUUCUCAAGACCCACAAAGGUGAGAAUCAUCCAGCUGUAGGAUUAGUCUUAGUACGUCUUGCUGACUUAUAUAACAGGACUUGGAAGACAAGGGAAUCAAAAUCUUAUUGUGAGAAUGCACUUAGAAUCUAUGAGAAUCCCAUGCCUGGAGUCCCAUCAGAGGAGAUCGCAAGUGGGCUGAUGAAUGUUUCAGCCAUCUAUGAGUCAAUGAAUGAGCUAGAACAGGCACUUAAACUGCUGCACAAGGCACUAGGGAUACAUAAUGAUGCCCCUGGUCAACAAAGCACAAUAGCAGGAAUUGAAGCCCAAAUUGGGGUCAUGUACUACAUGUUGGGGAACUAUACUGAAUCUUACAAUGCUUUUCAGAAUGCUGUGUCAAAGCUUCGUGUAACUGGAGAAAAGAAAUCAGCCUACUUUGGUACUAUUCUUAAUCAAAUGGGACUUGCUUGUGUGCAGCUUCAUGCAUUAAGUGAGGCUACACAGUUAUUUGAAGAAGCGAGGAUUAUUUUGGAACAAGAGAAUGGACCCUAUCACCCUGAAACGCUUGGAGUAUAUAGCAAUCUUGCUGGCACCUAUGAUGCCAUGGGCAGGGUGGAUGAGGCGAUUGAAAUUCUGGAGCACAUUGUGGGUACGAGGGAAGAAAAACUUGGAACAGCAAAUCCUGAUGUUGUUUAUGAGAAGAGAAGGUUGCAUGAGUUGUUGAAGGAAACAGGUAGAGUUCGAAAGAGAAAAACCAAGUCACUUGAGAUCCUUCUUGAUGCCAAUGUUCAUAAAAGCUCUUCUAAUCUGAUCAUCCACUUUGCCUUCACCAAUAAUCUGACUUAG